AUGAGCACUGAUUCACAGGCUAGUAGUCAGUCCACUCCAGCUCUUCCUUCCAGUACCGCUGGACUUUUUCCUUCUACUAAUCCCACUGGAUCUACCAUGACUAAUGUAAUGGAUCAAACACAUCCCUUUUAUCUCCAUCCAUCAGACUAUCCAGGUAUGACUCUCGUUUCUUCUGUCUUUGAUGGCAAGGCUUAUGGAGCAUGGAGAAGAGCAAUAGUGAUAGCACUUUCGGCAAAGAACAAGUUGGGAUUCAUUGAUGGAUCCUUGUUAGUUUCCAACACUGAUCCUUUGCUUCAAAAAACAUGGGCCAGAUGCAAUGAUAUGGUCCUCUCAUGGCUCCUGAAUUCUCUUUCCAAGGAAAUAGCUGAGAGUGUGUUAUAUUCUCAUACUGCAAAAGAUCUUUGGAAAGACUUGGAAGACAGAUUUGGUGUGACCAAUGGAGCAAAACUGUUUCAGCUACAGAAAGAAUUAAGUGCAGUUAGUCAAGGUAAUUCUAGUGUAUCAACUUAUUUCACAAAAAUGAAGAGUUUGUGGGAUGAGUUAGAUGCACUAAACACUUACUCUUCUUGUAUUUGUGAGUGUGAAUGUGGUGCUAAAAUAAAGAAUACCAAAGCUCAUCAGGACGAAAGAUUGUUGCAGUUUUUGAUGGGUUUAAAUGACACUUUUGUUGGGGUCAGAAGUAAUGUUCUGUUGUCGGCUCCUUUGCCUAACAUUGGGCAGGCCUACUCUCUUGUUAUCCAAGAUGAAAAACAAAGGGAAAUACAUGCUACACCUACUUAUCCAGGUGAUUCAGGAUCUUUCAUAGUUGCUAAUUCAGGAGAAAGGAAGUACCCCGAUCUUAAGGCACAAAAAGAAGGUAACUCAGGCUAUGAUGGAAAGAAGAGCAAUAAAAUUUCAAAGCACAUCGCAGGGAAGUACAGCUUUCAACUCAAGUGUUUACAAUCAAAGUGA